AUGAGUAAUAAGAACAAAAACUUACAUUUAAAUAUAUCUGUUGUUAAUAAAGCACCGGGUGUGAAGAUAGAUUUCCGUGAGAAUAGCUUUGUUCAUGUUUACACAGUGAACGACGGUGAUGGAGAAGCCAUGACCAGGAAUGCUCCUGCCAAAGACCACAUCGUCGUAAAUUUGCAACACAAAAAUAACAAAGAAAAAAAAUUAACUAAGGAUACCAAUGAAAUUGAAUCAGAUGAUUCCCCAUCCACAAUAAUUCACCUUAAAAUUUCACCUGAAACUGAGCUAUCAUGUGAUGGGUUCACAAAUGUAAAUGACAGCUCUUCAGAUGAAAAGGUCCACAAGAGAGAUAAAGGUAAAAGGAGUCCAAUCAAACCUGCUACAAUAAAAAAUUGCUCCAAGUUCAGAAAAGUUUUAAGGGAAAUGAAAAAGGAAGGCCAAUCUUACGAUAAAAAAGAAGAUAACAAAACAAAAAUUUUGAAAGAAUUUGAAAUCAACAACCAACUAGAAAAAUUAAGAACCGAAACUUUGAAAGUUCCAAAGAAACGAGGUCAUACAUUUUAUGGCAAUUCAUCCGAGAAAUCAUCAUUAAACAACAAUAGCCAUACCACAAACAAAUUUGCUAGCAACAAUAACACUACAAAUAGCAGCAGUGCCGUAAAGUUAGUAAUGCCACCUUCACCAUCCAGAAGUUUAGUGUCUGACAUUUCCUCAUCAAACGACAUAUCGAGCAUUUUCACAGAUCCAGAGGAUUCGUUAACAGAAGUAGUAAGUGCUUCGAGUCAAGGAGACCAUACAAUCAAUGAGGCACAUGAUCCCAACAAUAUGAACUCCAUAGGCAAAACUUUAAACCUUCUUGGUCCCGCUUCAUUCAAGCGAAAAUAUUACUGCUGCAUAGGACCACAGUCGAAGCGUAAAAAACUUUUAACCCAGUUGGGUAUUGAAGAUUUAGAUGAUAAUAAAAUUAGUCUGCAACAUAAGAGACUACUGUCGAUCAUGUCCAAUUCACACCAGCAGUACAACGAAGGGAUGCGCGUAUUCAAAGAUACCAAUGGGGUCCAGAUCAUGGAGGCAGUCAAUGUUUAUGUGCCAAUAAAAAAGGGUUGCUGUAAAACUAACAGAAACAAAAACCACAGUUAUGAUAAUAAUAAUAAUGAUGAUGAUGAUGGUGAUGACAACUGUGAUAUCGGUGAUGAGAAUGAUGAUGAAGAUGAUUAUUCUCUGAUUGGGAGUGAAGUUCUAAAGCUGUGGAACUUAACUGAUUCAGAGAUUGAAGAACUCAAGAAACAAGUUCGAGAGGAGCAGAGACACAAGGAGGAAGAGCACAUAAUGCCGUUGAUAAUGAACUUGACCUACGACCAAAUCGAGUCAACGUACAGUGACGUCAAAUAUGACGUCACAAAUGAUGACGGGCGGAAGAGGCGGGAAGGUAAGAUGACUCAUCAUCAAGAAUCACAUCCAGCCACACAACGUGAAGAUGACGUGGACGAUGGGAAUAAGUGCGAUGACCACCUUGAGGAUGAUGAUGAAGAAGAAGAUGAAGAUGACGACGACGAAGAUGAUGAUGAUGAUGAUAGUGGCAAUAUAAAAAGUCUAGAUGCAUUGUAUGAUGAAGAGUUCAACAAAAAUAGCUACAAGAGAUUCCUAACGGACAUCGAGAAAGGACCGAGUGAGAGGUGGAAACUCAUUAUCGACGAAAAUGUAGGAUGUGUCAAUGGGGAGGUUGACAGGCCACGUGAUGGUGCACUCGAGCCUACGGAAUAUUCUAGGAGGAGGCCGAAGAGAUCUUGCGUAGAUUACACCCCGUCUGCCUACGCUGCUAUUGACAGGAUGAUGAUGAUGAAGAGGAGAAAAAUUCUUGCGGAUAAUGAUGUUUGUGAGAUUGGCUACGAUGGUGAUAAUAAUAAUGAUGAUAAAAAUAAUGCCGUUACUCCUCAGCUGCCUUCAUUGAGUGAAAAUGAUCACGGCCACGAUGAUGGUGAUAAUGAGGAAGUGGAAAAUGAUAACGACGAUAACAACGACAACAAUAACAACAACAACAACGUCAGUAAUGAAGCCGCUAACAAUGUUGAUAACGACAAUAGUGAUGACAUUGAUGUAGAGAGUAACUACUGUAAGAAUGACUGUGAUGAUGAUAGAGAGAGGUGA